AACACUUGACCUAAAGGUCUUAGUUACCUAGUCAUAAAAUUCCUUAAAAAAAUGUGAAAUGCUUUAAAAUCUUCAAAAAAGAAAACAAAAUAGAAUAAACUUUGAAUUCAAGAAUAAAAAAAUAUUUGUACAAAUAUUGUGGUUAUAUCUACCAAACAUAUGUUUAAAGAACUUUAAAAUAUACGACAAAACAAUGAAGAUAUUCGUACUACCUGUAUUAACAAUUUUGUUUGUUUUAGGACAUUGUUCUAUACACCAUAAUUUGAAAUAUUUUGAGACAAUACACGCGUCGAGUUUGUCCCAUAGUAUUGUCAAGCGUGGUGCAAAACUUUCUAAUCAUCCCUAUAAUACGAUAAAGGAGGUUCGCUUCAAGACCUUGGGAAAAGACUUUCGAUUGAUAUUACACCCUCAGAGUUCUGUUUUGCAUUCCAAUUUUAAAGCCUACUCUGUUGAUGCUGAUGGUAAAGAGACUACUGUGCAUGUUGAUCGUGAGAAUUUCUUCACUGGCAGAGUAUUUGGAGAAACAAAAUCAGAUGUUAAGUUACAUAUGGAAGAUGGUGUAAUGACAGGAAUCAUACAUACACCUGAUGAAACAUAUCAUGUGGAGCCGUCCUGGCGACAUCUGCCUGAUUUAGAUGGGAAGAGCAUGAUCACUUAUCGUUCUUCUGAUAUUCGGUACAGUUGGGCUGGUGAUGCAAUUCCCAACAAACCACGGGUUUGUGGUUAUGUUAAAGAGGGAAAAGAAUUGGAAGACGACAGUGAUGAUGUACAAGAAGAAUAUGAUAUCGAAUUGAAGCAUGAACAGCUUGAAAAAGAAAAGUAUUUGGACCAAACAAACUCAUACCAUCCAGCUAAUGAAGCUGACACAAGUAAUGAUGGUCCUAAAAAGAGGACUAAGAGACAGAGUGAUUAUGAAUAUACACCAACAAAAACAAGAUGUCCCCUAUUACUUGUGGCUGACUAUAGAUUCUUUCAAGAAAUGGGAGCUAGCAACACCAAAACUACCAUUAGUUAUUUGAUAAGUCUAAUUGAUCGUGUGCAUAAAAUUUAUAAUGAUACUCUGUGGCAGGAUAGGCAGGAUAUGGAUGGAUUUAAAGGCAUGGGGUUUGUAAUUAAAAAGAUAUUGGUACAUUCUGAACCUACACGAGUCCGAGGAGGAGAGGCUCAUUAUAAUAUGGUGCGUGAGAAAUGGGAUGUUCGGAAUUUGCUUGAGGUGUUCAGUCGAGAAUAUUCACACAAAGACUUCUGUUUGGCUCACUUAUUUACUGACCUUAAAUUCGAAGGCGGCAUCUUAGGUUUAGCCUAUGUCGGUUCGCCGCGUAGAAAUUCAGUCGGUGGUAUAUGCACCCCAGAAUAUUUCAAGAACGGAUAUACGUUAUAUUUGAACUCUGGCCUGAGUUCGUCCCGGAAUCAUUACGGGCAGCGCGUGAUCACCCGGGAGGCGGACCUGGUGACGGCGCACGAGUUCGGCCACAACUGGGGCUCCGAGCACGACCCCGACGUGGCCGAGUGCUCGCCGGCCGCCAGCCAGGGGGGCUCCUACCUCAUGUACACCUACAGCGUCAGCGGGUACGACGUCAACAACAAGAGAUUUUCACCGUGCAGCCUAAGAUCUAUCAGAAAAGUGUUGCAGGCCAAAUCUGGCAGAUGUUUCUCUGAACCGGAGGAGAGUUUUUGUGGAAAUCUUCGUGUCGAAGGAGGAGAGGAAUGCGACGCUGGCCUGCUUGGUACUGAAGACAAUGAUAUGUGCUGCGAUAAGAAUUGUAAAUUGAGAAAAAAUCAAGGCGCUGUCUGCAGCGACAAGAACUCCCCGUGCUGCGCCGGCUGUGUAUUCGCGCCGCCCGGGCUCGUGUGCCGCGAGGCCGCGCACUCCGCCUGCGAGGGGGAGGCCAUCUGCAACGGAGCCUCCGCCGACUGCCCCAAGGCGCCCGCCAUCGCGGACGAGCACGAGUGCGCGGAGCGGGGCCGGUGCCGCAACGGCACGUGCAUGCCGUACUGCGAGACGCAGGGGAUGCACAGCUGCAUGUGCGAUAUAGUCGCCGAUGCCUGUAAACGUUGCUGCCGAAAGAGUUUAAACAAAACAUGUUUUCCAGUCGCCCAUAACGAUAUUUUGCCCGAUGGAACUCCUUGUAUACAAGGUUUUUGCAAUAAGGGAGUAUGUGAGAAGACAAUACAAGACGUGGUCGAACGUUUCUGGGACAUCAUAGAGGACAUUAACAUAAACAAUGUGCUGGGCUUCCUCCGGGACAACAUCGUGGGAGUGGUCGUACUCGUCACUGCCUUCAUAUGGAUACCUGCCAGUUGUGUUAUUAGCUAUGUUGAUCGUCGACGUCAGCGUCAGCAUCAGAAGUAUUUGGAGUGGGAGAGGCAACAUGAUCUGAUUCAUCCGUCGUCACCGAGAAAAGUUAUACACACACGAUUACCGAAACAGAAACCUCCGGGAAUUAAAUCUGCCAUACAAGGCAGCAGUCAACUGUAGUACGUUAGUAGUUAAUUGUUAAGGUGUAUUUAAGGUCUAUUUAAUAAAACAAGUUGAAUAUUU